GUGUCCCACUUCCAACGCUGUGUAUUUACAAGCAGGAGUAAUGAAACGGGGAGAGGGGCAAUUUCCGCAGCUUAUUAGAGAGACUGCAGAAGACUAGCGCACAAAGAGGAAGGAUGCAAAGUUUCGGACCAUCGAUAGUCUGUCUUCACGCGCGUCCGCAGCCGUGAGUGUGUGUCCUGCUCUGUGUGUGUGUUUUGGGGCUUUUUUGUCCAGCAGCUGAACGUCUGUUACUUUGUCGCAGUUGGCCAGAAGUGAUUUACAGGGUAAUGCUGGAAAAGAGGACACAUAUUUUGGGGAAUUGGCGUCUUUAACUGCGUCCUCCUCCACAAGUUCGCCUCGGACAGGGAGCACAGAGUUCAGUCGUGUCCGCAUCACAGAGUGAAGUAGCCAGAGGCGUUUCAACUGCACCACUGGAGCCUUUAAUAAUAAUGCCGCGGCCAAUGCACCACAACCGGCCCCCUCGCUUCUGACCCAACAUGGAGCUCAAGGUCUGGGUAGAUGGAGUCCAGAGGGUCGUCUGUGGGGUCACUGAGGCAACUACGUGUCAGGAAGUGGUGAUUGCUCUGGCCCAGGCCAUAGGUCGCACCGGGAGAUACACUCUGGUAGAAAAAUGGCGGGACACCGAGCGUCACCUUGCCCCUCAUGAGAGCCCGGUGGCUUCUCUGAACACUUGGGGCCAGUAUGCUGGUGACGUCCAGCUGAUCCUGCAUCGCACUGGCCCCUCCCUCACCGAAAGACCACCAUCCGAAGGACCCACGCUCAGGGGCCCUGAACGCGGUCUGCAUCGACAGAGCCUGCCUCCCCUCGCAAAGCUCCGUCAUCCCAACGAUCGCUCCCUCCGACGCCGUGAGCCGCGCCGCAAGUCUCUCACGUUCACCGGUGCACCCAGGGGCCUGAGGGAUAUCCUGAGUGGGGGCCGGCUUGGAGAGGCUGAGGCCAAACGUAGACUUUUUCUUGGAAACGGUGGGACUCCCCACCAUGGAGGACCAGCCAUGGGGAGUGCAUCUCCUGGCCUGUGGGCCUGUCGCAUGGAGGAUCUGGUCAGACUAGUGGGUCUACAGAGAGAGACUCUCAGCAUGCUGGAGAGGAAACUCGGGGCGUAUGAGGGCGAGCUGCAGGUCCGGGCCGAGGGCAGAGGGGGACAGGGGGCAGUGUGCACUGAGGAUUCAUGUGUUGGAGGGCUGAUAGAGGAGAUCCUGAGGCUGGAGAAGCACCUGAGGAAGAAUGAGGUGGAGAUGGAGGAGGAGGAGUUUUGGGCCACUGAGCUGCAGAUCGAGCUAGAGAGUGAGCGACAGUUGGAGGAGAGACUACAGGAGCUACAAGGACGCCUGCAGGGCUGUGAAGUGGAGAUUGAAGAAAAGCUGGCAAUGGUACAGGGUGUGGAGGUAGGCCUGGAAGAGGAGAGGCUGCAGAGGGAGCGGCAGGAGACCCAGUGGGUCAGUGAGGCAGAGGCUCGGGCUCAGGUCCUCAAGGUUAAAUCAGAGCUGAAAUCCCAGGAGAGACAGGCUGUUCAGCUGGAGACCAGCUGCAGAGCUGUGGACCGAUCACUCGGACAAAGCAGCAAAAAACUGCAGGACAUGCAACAUGAGCUGGAGCAGUUGACCAAGGAGCUGAGGCAAGUGAACCUGCAGCAGUUCAUCAAGCAGACGGGCACCAAAGUCACAGUUCUGCCAGCUGAGCCCUCUGAGGAUGAAAGCAGCCACAGCAGUCAUGUUCCACUCACUGGCUCACUGAAGCGGCCCGUGUCGUCCCACACGAUGUCCGGUCACCUGCGGGUCCUGCACAGCCCUCUCACUUCUGGACUGAACCCAGAGGGCAUCUAUGUGUGAGAGCAUCCAGAGUGGAAGGAAGG